AACCCAACUCCCACCCUCGCUCCUCCGUGUGCAUCGCCGGCGCCUUCGCCUUCUGGUUCUUUCUCGACUUAUGCACCGCUGAUCCGCGCUCGACGACGCGCGCACAUGGCCAUCGCAAGCGUGCAUGCCGUCUAAUCUCCCAAAUGCCCGCCACCAAGGCCGCUCCGCCUGCUUUUCCAUCUCUGUCCAAGAUCGAGAUGGAGGACCGCAAGCGAUCGCUGAUUAACGACGUCGAGGACCUUGCGCCCAGUCGCAAGCGUCUGAAGGAUGAGAAUUGCGCUACGAUGCGGAUGGAUGAUGAUAAGGAAAAACAGGUCGAGGACUACCAAAAGGAUGCGCUGAUACGGCAGCUGAAAGAGUAUAAGCGCGUAAAGAGGGAUGCGGAGGAACAGCUUGCCGAGCUACAGAGGAAGGCGAGAUAUCACGAUGACCACCUCAGGAUACUCGACGCUUGGUGGUCCCAACUGCUCGACGAGAUCCGACUUCGAAUCGGCGACGAGCUCCCCACACCACCACCCAGCGCCACGUCCGCUGUCGGAGAAGAGAUAUACAACAAGGCGCUCAAUUUCGACGAUGUCGAGUCUUUUUCCGAGCACCUGAAGGCCCGGUCCACAAACAUAAAAAAUGCCAUCCGGGAUCUGUUCGCAAAAUUACCAUCCGCCUCUAACCCAGGCGAGGAGGAGCUCCAAAAGCGACUGGCGGAACUGUUGGUCCGCGAGAAGGAGCACGCAGUGGAGCUUAAAAAGGCAAUUGACGAGAAGGAGUCCAUGUAUGAGCGUCUUGAAGCGGCUAUGGGCCGCUACAUGACUGCUGAACGGAAACUGGAUCGUGCAAAAAGCAGCCAAGUGCAGAAGCUGGAGAGACAAGCCAUCAUGGGUAGUAACGGCGAUGGCGCAUCUCCCACGACUUCGAAAGUCGCAGCAACGCCCAAGCGAGAGCAUGCGGACACGAAUGGCGAGCUCGAAAAUGGCGUCGAUAUUGCAGAGGCUGAGGCGUUACGCAAAGAGGCUCUUGCUGUCGCUGAAAAGCAACGAGCUCAAGUCGAGGAGAUCGAAGCCGAGAACGAGAGACUAACAAAUGAGCUCAGUGCUGCGAGGACCAAGCUUGCCAGUUUAUCGGACGACGACUACAUGGAAACCUCGCAUUACAAGAUUCUCAAGUCAAUGUACGAGGAUGUCGUCAAGCGAGUCAAUGACCUCGAGGCCUUUAACAAGCAGCUUCGCGAAGAGACGCAAAAACUACAAUCGGAGCGGGCUGCCACUCGAACGCAAGUCGAAGAGGAAACUAGGAGUCACGUUUCAGAAGUCGAGGCUGCGAAUGCCAGAGCUGAGACCGAUCUAGCGCGCAUCCGACAUGCACGCGAUCAGCUUCAUUCCGAAUUGGCGAUACUGAAAGCCUCAGAGGAUGGACCGAAGUCGUCCUUAACAUUGGCGAAAGAGGUGGCUGAAGCUAAAGACUCCAGGAUAGCAGCUUUGGAGUCCCAGGUGCAACGCCUCCAGCUGCAAAUUGGUGAAAUUGAGGCAGCGGGAACAGAUCUGGACGGCAUGGAUAUGGACGCACUAAAGUCGAAGGUGCAGACCCUCACCAACCAGUAUUCGCUGCUUGCAAAUGAAUUGCCUUCUCUCGAAGCUGCAUGGAGAAAGCUGCAGACAACUGCGAACAAGAAGAUUGAAGAUAUUGCAAACUGGGAGGACCAACUUGCUCGUCUAGCUGCGGAAAAGGCCAAGGCGGAUCACAAGUACUUUGGCGCAAUGAAGGCGAAGGACACCCAGGAAGCACAACUCCGAAUGGCCAAGUCACAGAACGCGCGGUCAAGCGAAAUUGUGACACAGCUCAAGGACGAGUCAGCCAAGGCCAAGGAAGUCUGCAGCAACUACGAGCGUCAGCUGGCAGAUUCAAAGGAAGCGUUCACGAAGCUGGAACAGCAAUAUCGAACUGCAGAGCAAAAGCUGAAGGAGGUGUCCUCCGCCAAUGACGGUCUUAAGAAGAGCGCUGAAGAAUUGAAGUCCUUGGUGUCUGCGAAAGACAAGGAAGUCGUUGGAACGGCCAAAGCUAAACGCCAAGCCGAAGAAGACUUGGAAAAGUGUAAAGCGCGACUCGACGAGACGAAGAAGCAGUAUGAUACGCUUCGUAAAAGCAGAGCCGCCGUUAACGCUGCAGACUCGGAUGAUUGGCGGAAAGUCGCUAUCUGCCCAGUCUGUUCCGCGAACAUUCGGAAUACGGUUCUGAAGACUUGCGGGCACGUGUUCUGCAGCAACUGCGUUCGAGAUCUCAUCUCCAACCGCAACAGAAAAUGCCCCAGUUGCGCCAGGAGCUUCGGCGUGAACGAUCACCAGACGAUCCAUUUGACGGCGUGAGCGAUGCCACUCCUUCGCUCCUUUUCAAGUCAUCAUGUCCCUCAUGCAGCUUCACUGCGACGGCUGCUCCUCAAGGUCAAGGUCUUAAUCCUCCUCCAAGACACCCAACUUGCUUGCGAACAGCACACGGGUGGAGCAUGACGGGUCCCCUUCGCGGCCUGGGUGGAUGAGAACAAGAGUCACAGUAACACAGUGCGUUACUGCUCGGAAGAGGUCGUGGGGAGAAUGAAGUUCGUUUCUGUCUGUGCCCGUCUGUCGAGGAGCAUUCACAAGCGGGCAACAGUGUAUUACGUAUCAAGACAGCGCUCUAAUAGCUCCUCGAGAGCCUGCCUGAAGAAUAGGCAUGAAUGAAAUAAUGCAUACGACAA